GCGCUGCCUGCUGAGAGCUUUGUGUUGUCAGGCAGAAACACACACAGCCAGAGUGGCGCGUGUCGGGAAUCACAGGCAUCAUCAGCGAGAAUAACUAAACAAUAGAGAGCCGUUGUUGUUGUUGUUGUCUAUAUUAAAGUAUUUAGGUGUUACUCAGCAGCUUCGCUACAAUGUCGGUGGGUUUGGAGUCUGGGUUCUCGAGCGAGGAGGUGCUGAACAGCCGCUUCCCUCUCCAUCGGGCGUGCAGGGAUGGAGACGUCGGUGCCUUGUGCUCCCUCCUUCAGUGCGUCUCCAGCCCGGCUGACCUCGCGGUGGAGGACACCUUCUACGGCUGGACGCCCGUACACUGGGCCGCUCAUUUCGGAAAGCUGGAGUGUGUGAUGCGUCUGGUUCAGGUGGGCUGUGGGGUGAAUGCGGUGACCUCCAGGUUUGCACAGACGCCCAUUCACAUUGCUGCAUUUGGGGGCCACCCUGAGUGCUUGUUAUGGCUACUCCAAGCUGGUGCAGAUAUUAACAGACAGGACUAUGUGGGCGAGUCGCCCAUCCACAAGGCUGCUCGUGCGGGCAGUCUGGAGUGCAUCAACGCUCUCUUGAUUCAGGGAGCGAAAGCUGAUAUGAGGAAUGCCAGUGGGCUGACUGCUGCUGACCUGGCCCACGCCCAGGGAUUCCAGGAGUGCGCAGAGAUUCUCUCCAAUGCCCAGAAUUUCCAACAAAACAUGGCCCAGUCCCAUAACGGGACUUUUCUGAAUGGCACAAUCCAGAACGGGGGCCACGCUCGUCCCAUCAUCCAGGGACGCAGCUUCUCCAAUGGCGUGCCCAACAGAAAGAGGUCGUUUGAUGGCAUGGAAGCAAACCCAGGGAAGAAGGCUAGACCUAGCGGUCUGGGCUUGCCACCAGAACUGCUUAAUGGGAAUGGGCCACUGGGUGGAGCUGGAGGGGCCCAGGUGGAAAGCAUGAACAUGGAGUUGGCAGCGACUGUAACUUCAGUGGCAGGUGAGGAUUUUUCCUCAAAUGGUCACAAUCAACCCGAACCAUUUGAGUGUUACCCAUCAGCAGAAAUCCAACAAGGCCAACUCGUUUACAGUGACUAUUCUGAGAACAACAGCAAUGCCGGCAGCCAGGUUGAGCACCAGAAGUCUGUGAAAGCAGAGCAGUUUUAUGACCAUGCCUUCUUCACCACCAUGCUUCUUUACCAUGGAUCCUAAAGCACAGAGGAACUCAUUAACAGGCUGUCCUUUUUGCCUGAAUGUCAUAUAAGCCUAAACCAGCAUUAAUUUGCCUUAAAGCCAUUGAGUGGUCCAGUUUUUCAUUGAAAUUAUAUGUUUUUGCUUUUGUAAAAGGCAGGCCUGUCGUGGAUUAAUCGAAAUGUGUAACUGAUUGUUUAUUAAGAAGUAUUUCUUUGUUUGUGUUGUUAAAGAGAAAGUGUUUGUGUAGCUUAUUAUUAAAGUUUGAUUAAGCUGUAUAUAGAUAUUAUUAUAUUCCUUUAUGCUAUGGUCUGUUAUAUGCUAAACUAAGUAUCUGCAUUGAACCUCUGCCAAUAUUUACAUUUAAUUUCUGUCAUCUAGAAGUGGGGUAAUCCCUGCUUCUUAGUUUUAAUAAAAACAAUCUAAGUACAACCCAUGCUACUCAUUAAGAAUUAAAACCGUUUUGCAAAAGUUAAAGUUUGAUUCAGAUUAUUUCUGGACAGCAGUAUAGACAACAUGAAAUAAAUCCAUAACCUUGAUUAGAUGCCAUGUUAAGCAAUAAUGAAUUAUCUGUAUAGAAAUUGUGGUAUUUAGGAAUGUCCAAUUCCAAAACUUAAAACUUCCUCCUUGGGAUCCUCCUUAUUACUGCAGACAGCCAAAGCUUUUUUGUUGGUGUUAAUGUGUAUUCAUGAUCCAACUGCAUUAAUCAAAGUGUUUGUUGGCCCCUUUAAUCCAGAAUACAGGUCUAAGAUACUGCUAUCCUACUUUGGCCCAUGUAGAGGCUCAGCUGUGGUGCUGUUCUCUUCUAACAGUCAUCUGUCACUAGGGGCGACCUUCGUCAUAGCAGCGCUGCACAAACACCACGUCACUGUGAACGCGCCCCUUGGGAGACAACACCCUCAAUGCGAAUGGGGGUGACAAAUAAAUAAUGUUAAAUAAAACAACGUGAUAAAUAAAUGUAUUUCACCCAUAUACAACAGAAUGUACAUCUAAAUGUAUUGUUUUCCUGAGAGGCACCGGAUACCUUUCCUGAUUUUGCUAUGUAAUAAAAGUUGUCCAA